UAAAGCAAAUAUGUUCUCUCUUUUUCUUCUUUGAUUCACUUACUUUUUCGUCCUUUGGUCUUUACUGAAAUAGGAAAAAAGAACAUGUUUACUGUAUCAAGUUUGAAUCUUACAACUUGAUUACUUUAAUAAUAAUAAAAAAGGCAUAAUAUCUAAUUUGUUACCCUCUUUUGUUUCCUAUGUCUGUCCCUCCUAUCUAUGGUCACUAAAAAGUCUGCGGGAUAAGGAAAGAAAAUAAAUACUCUUACUCUUAUUAUUAUUAUUAUUAUAUACACCCACUAAUAACCUCAUUUCUAGAGAGAGAAACAAGUUGAACUGGUCUAGUGUGAGAAAAGAGUAUUCGCUCUCUCUAUUUUUGUUAAUAUGGAUAAUAAAAGCUGUAAUUCUUCUGGUGGUGAAGGUGGUGAUUCCACUGCUACUACUGCUACAAGUAGUAAUAGUAAUAGCAGUGGUAACAGAGACAUGUAUCUCAAACACCUCAACAAAAUCUCCCACAAGAUCUCUAAACCCAUCAGAAACAACAAACCCCCUCUCUUCGACAACCCCCACGCGCCGCCGCAGAAUCAACACGUGCCUCCGCCACUUCCUCCUCAGCCGCAGCAACAGCCACCGGUGUACAACAUAAACAAGAGUGAUUUUCGCGAUGUUGUGCAGAAACUAACAGGUUCACCUGCACAUGAAAGGAUAUCAACUCCACCACCUAUACAACAACCGAAAGCACCAAGCUCACGGUUACAGAGGAUCCGUCCACCACCACUCGCUCAAAUCACCAACCGUCCACCUCCGUUCGUAAACAACAACGCCGUUAAUAAUAACGCCGUUCAGCCGUUAUCUCCGUUACCGCCGUUUCCGUCAGUACACGCGUCAGCAGAAUCGCCGAUCUCAGCUUACAUGAGGUUUCUGCAAAGUUCUACUGGAUUAUCACCGUUAGCUCCACGGUGGAACAACUUUGUUCACGCGCCACCUCAGCAACCACCGUUUCCGCCACCUCAGCAGCAUCAACAGAAUAUUCCUCCACUGCCACAAACGGCGCCGUUUCCGUCUUUUCCGUCAUCGCCGUUACCGUUUGGGUGUUUACCGUCACCGAAAUCGCCGUACGGUUUGUUGUCUCCAAGUCUGUUACUUUCACCGUCAGGUCAACUAGGGUUUCAACAGUUACCUUUGUCACCGACACUACCAGUGGCAAGUCCCAAGUGGAAGGGUAUUUGAGGAAUUUCUCAUAGAAACAUUAAAGAAAAGAAAAAGGUAAGGAGUUUUUAAAAAAUCUAUUUUUUAUUUUUAUUUUUAUGAUAGGAUUAUAGUUGGCUUAUAAUUUGUACAUGUAUAUUUUGGGGGGAAUUAUUGGAUUAUAUUCAAGAGUAGAGUCUUUUAUGCCCAAAUAUUAUGAUGUAGCUAUCAAAUGGUUAGUUUGGGGUUUGUUUUGUACAUGAAUGUUAAAGACAAUUAAGAGAGAAAUUUUUUGUUUGUUCA